AUGUCCUCAAAGGAAAGGGAGGAUCUCAUCACAGGAAAGAAGUCAAAAGGAAUGGAGAAAGAAAAGGAUAAUCAAAAUGAUGAUGGCUUGGAUCAACCUUACCUACCACGGGACUUAGCGGAAGUCUCGAAGUUCACUCGGAGGAUUGCAGAAGCACCGAUGCCCCCUAAAACAAAGCUACCUCCAAACUUUGACCGCUAUGAUGGGACAAGAGACCCUGAAGAUCACCUCCAUGCCUUCAGGGGAGCGGGACAACUUGGGCGAUGGCCCAUGCCGGUGUGGUGCCACAUGUUUGUACAAACUUUAACGGAGGGAGCCUGGCUCUGGUUUGACAGCCUCCCUCCAGGAGGAAUCGACAGUUAUGAAGAGCUAAGUGAGAAGUUCCUCAGGAACUUUGGUCAGCAGAGAAAAGUGGUCGAAAAUCCAAACGAGAUUCUGCACAUAAGGCAGAGGGACAACGAGUGGAUAGACCAGUACAUGGAGAGGUUUGUCAAGGAGAGCAUGAACAUCAAGGAUCAGCCGGAGGUCAUGAAGAUCAGCAGUUUCAUAAACGGGCUAAAGCAUGCACAGCUAUGUGAGAAACUGGGGGAGGAAUUCCCCCACUCGUUUGACAACCUCAUGGACAGGGUCAGAGCCUUUGUCAGGGGAAAAGACACAGUCAGCAAAGCUAAGGAGACGGACGUCACACCCCGAAGGGUCACCCCGGCUGCAAAACCUCCUGACAAAGGUACACCUUAUCCCAGAAAACCUGCUUUUGAUAGAAUGUUACACGCCAUAGCAAGGCCCUCAUAUUCCCCGUAUAGACCUCGGGGGAGAGGCCCCCCUCCUUACUCUGAUAAUUUCACCCCUCUCACCAAGACCCCAAGCGAGAUACUGGCCACUGAGAGGGUAAAGAACUCCUUCCCAAGGCCACCACCCAUAAAACCUGGGCCAAAGGCACAACCAAACGAGUAUUGUGACUUCCACAAAGGGUUUGGCCAUAAAACUGAUGACUGCAUGUAUCUGAAGAGAGAGAUAGAAGCCGUAGUGAAAACGGGAAGACUGGCCCAUUUAGUUAAGGAAAUCAAGGAGGGAGGAGGGGAUCGCAAGGGAAGAGAUGUAAGGGAGCCUGGGAGGGCAGAUGUGGAUAUGAUUAGAAGGAGGAAUGAGUUCGAUACCACCCGAAGUGUAAAGGCCAGAAUCCUAGGCUCCCCGGACUGCAUGAAAGCUCCCAUCCUCAUGCCACACUUGGAGGAAAACGAAGUGCAAUGA